GUUCCUUCAGAAGGGUUUAAUUUUUUCUUUUUUCGCCGAGUAGUAUUGACAGACGGGGUUUUACGUACGUCCGAGGCAAGCGAAGAGGCACGGUUGGAGAUGGCGGCCGACGAGGAUGGUACUGCUACUCCUCCGACGAGGCUUAUGAAUUUUGUGUCCGAAGAACAGUUGGCUGAAGCGAGGAGAACAAGGGGCUCUCGAGUUGAGGAUGGCACUGCCCAGAGAGAUAGAUCCCUAUAUGAGAUUUUAAAGGAGAACAAGGACAAGCAAGAUGCAGAAUUUAAUGAGAGGUUCAAGCAUAGACCACCUAAAGCUUUGGAUGAAGAUGAAACUGAGUUUCUUGACAAACUAGAGAUGUCAAGGAGAGAAUAUGAACGGCAAAUGGCAGAUGAAGAAGCCCAGCAGCUGCGGAGUUUCCAAGCAGCGGUAGCAGCCCAGUCAGCUGUUUUACAUGACCUGAAGGAAGAACCUCCGAUUCCUAAAGUCCAGGAAGACAAAUUAGUUGGGAGGAAGAAUACAGCAACUCGUCCUUCAGGUGUGAAUAUAAUAGUGAGGCCACAAACAAAGAAAGCAAAGACAGAUAUGGGGUCGAGGGAAGAUGCUUCGGCUGCAGAAAAAUCACCACAUGUUGGUAGUACCCAAAAACCUUUGGAUGUGGAAAAGACACAUGACGGUGGUGAUGGUCAGUACCAUAUUGUUGCUAACACUGGUUUAGUUUCGUACAGUGAUGAAAGUGAUGAUGACUAGACAGGCCGCCGCAUAUGAUGGAUGUCCAUUCAUUCACGAGGAAGGAAGCCCAGAGCAAGCAAGCAAGCAAGAAUCAUGGGGAAUGCGACUUGGCGUAUACAAACAACAAAAAAGGCAUCCAUCCAUCUAACAAGAACGUUUGCAUGGGGACGUCCACUGAUUAAUUUCAGCUUCUUAUUAUUAUUUAUUAUCGUUAUUCCACCGCUAUAUAUAUAAUAUAUCCUUGCUUAAUUUCAGAACGUUUGAGUAGUUGUUAGGGUGCAUGGCAUGGGGACGUCCCAUUCUCUCGUGAUGGAGGAAUUGUCAAUAAUAAUUAGAUUCUUCUUCGAUCUAAUCUGUUUGAUGAUGAUCAAACAGUGCUUCCAUUAAUAAAUUAUUAUUUGGGGUA